UGGCUCAAAGAGAGGAAGUCUCGCCAGUCGGGUACAGGGUUCCUCCAGGCCUGGGCCGACUUCCUCAUCACUAGACGCGUUUGAGAAACUAAGGCUCAGCCAUGGCAGAUGCCGAGAUGGCCGCAUUUGGGGCCGCAGCCCCCUUCCUGCGCAAAUCUGAGAAGGAGCGGCUGGAGGCGCAGACCAGGCCUUUCGACCUCAAGAAAGAUGUGUUUGUGCCUGAUGACAAGGAAGAGUUUGUCAAGGCCAAGAUUGUGUCUCGAGAGGGUGGCAAAGUCACUGCUGAGACAGAGAAUGGCAAGACGGUGACCGUGAAGGAAGACCAGGUGAUGCAGCAGAACCCGCCCAAGUUCGACAAGAUUGAAGACAUGGCCAUGCUGACCUUCCUACACGAGCCGGCCGUGCUGUACAACCUCAAGGAGCGCUAUGCCUCCUGGAUGAUCUACACCUACUCGGGCCUCUUCUGCGUCACUGUCAACCCCUAUAAGUGGCUGCCAGUGUAUAAUGCUGAAGUGGUGGCUGCCUACAGGGGCAAGAAAAGGAGCGAGGCCCCGCCCCACAUCUUCUCUAUCUCUGACAAUGCCUAUCAGUACAUGCUGACAGAUCGGGAGAACCAGUCCAUCCUUAUCACGGGAGAAUCCGGAGCUGGUAAGACAGUCAACACCAAGAGGGUCAUUCAAUAUUUUGCUGUUAUUGCUGCCAUUGGGGACCGCAGCAAGAAGGACCAGACCCCAGGCAAGGGCACCCUGGAAGACCAGAUCAUCCAAGCCAACCCCGCGCUGGAGGCCUUUGGCAAUGCCAAGACAGUCCGGAACGAUAAUUCCUCUCGAUUUGGAAAAUUCAUUCGAAUCCAUUUUGGGGCAACUGGAAAGUUGGCAUCUGCGGACAUAGAGACCUACCUUCUGGAAAAAUCCAGGGUUAUUUUCCAGCUGAAAGCAGAAAGAGAUUAUCACAUUUUCUACCAAAUCCUGUCUAAUAAAAAGCCCGAGCUUCUAGACAUGCUGCUGAUCACCAACAACCCCUACGAUUACGCAUUCAUCUCCCAGGGAGAGACAACUGUGGCCUCAAUUGAUGACUCUGAAGAGCUCAUGGCCACUGAUAGCGCCUUUGAUGUGCUGGGCUUCACUCCAGAAGAGAAGAACUCCAUUUACAAGCUGACAGGCGCCAUCAUGCACUUUGGAAACAUGAAGUUCAAACAGAAGCAGCGGGAGGAGCAGGCGGAGCCAGACGGCACUGAGGAGGCUGAUAAAUCUGCCUACCUCAUGGGGCUGAACUCAGCCGACCUGCUCAAGGGGUUGUGCCACCCUCGGGUCAAAGUGGGCAACGAGUAUGUCACCAAGGGGCAGAAUGUCCAGCAGGUGUCAUACGCCAUCGGGGCGCUGGCCAAGUCAGUGUACGAGAAGAUGUUCAACUGGAUGGUGACCCGCAUCAACGCAACCCUGGAGACCAAACAGCCACGCCAGUACUUCAUAGGUGUCCUGGACAUCGCCGGCUUUGAGAUCUUCGAUUUCAACAGCUUCGAGCAGCUGUGCAUCAACUUCACCAACGAGAAGCUGCAGCAGUUCUUCAACCACCACAUGUUCGUGCUGGAGCAGGAGGAGUACAAGAAGGAAGGCAUCGAGUGGACGUUUAUUGACUUCGGCAUGGACCUGCAGGCCUGCAUCGACCUCAUCGAGAAGCCCAUGGGCAUCAUGUCCAUCCUGGAGGAAGAGUGCAUGUUCCCCAAGGCCACAGACAUGACCUUCAAGGCCAAGCUGUACGACAACCACCUGGGCAAGUCCAACAACUUCCAGAAGCCUCGCAAUGUCAAGGGGAAGCAGGAAGCCCACUUCUCUUUGGUGCACUACGCUGGCACGGUGGACUACAACAUCCUAGGCUGGCUACAGAAGAACAAGGACCCCCUCAAUGAGACGGUGGUGGGUUUGUACCAGAAGUCCUCCCUCAAGCUGCUCAGCAAUCUAUUCGCCAACUAUGCUGGAGCUGAUGCCCCUGCAGACAAGGGCAAAGGCAAGGCCAAGAAGGGCUCAUCCUUCCAGACCGUGUCCGCUCUGCACAGGGAAAACCUGAACAAACUCAUGACAAACUUGCGCUCCACCCAUCCGCACUUUGUACGCUGCAUCAUCCCCAACGAGACAAAGUCUCCAGGGGUGAUGGACAACCCUCUGGUCAUGCACCAGCUGCGAUGCAAUGGUGUGCUGGAGGGCAUCCGCAUCUGCAGGAAGGGCUUCCCCAACCGAAUUCUCUAUGGGGACUUCCGGCAGAGGUACCGCAUCCUGAACCCAGCAGCCAUCCCUGAGGGCCAAUUCAUUGAUAGCAGGAAAGGGGCUGAGAAGCUGCUGGGCUCCCUGGACAUUGACCACAACCAGUACAAGUUCGGUCACACCAAGGUGUUCUUCAAGGCGGGGCUGCUGGGGCUGCUGGAGGAGAUGCGAGAUGAGAGGCUGAGCCGCAUCAUCACCAGAAUCCAGGCCCAGUCCCGAGGUGUGCUUUCCAGAAUGGAGUUCAAGAAGCUGCUGGAGCGCAGAGACUCCCUGCUGAUUAUCCAGUGGAACAUCCGGGCCUUCAUGGGGGUCAAGAACUGGCCAUGGAUGAAGCUCUACUUCAAGAUCAAGCCCCUGCUGAAGAGCGCAGAGACGGAGAAGGAGAUGGCCAACAUGAAGGAGGAGUUUGGGCGAGUCAAAGAUGCACUCGAGAAGUCGGAGGCUCGCCGCAAGGAGCUGGAGGAGAAGAUGGUGUCCCUGCUGCAGGAGAAGAACAACCUGCAGCUGCAAGUGCAGGCGGAACAAGACAACCUGGCUGAUGCAGAGGAGCGCUGCGACCAGCUGAUCAAGAACAAGAUCCAGCUGGAGGCCAAGGUGAAGGAAAUGACCGAGAGGCUGGAGGACGAGGAGGAGAUGAACGCUGAGCUCACUGCCAAGAAACGCAAGCUGGAAGAUGAGUGCUCGGAGCUCAAGAGGGACAUUGAUGACCUGGAGCUGACACUGGCCAAGGUGGAGAAGGAGAAGCAUGCAACAGAGAACAAGGUGAAAAACCUGACAGAGGAGAUGGCUGGGCUGGAUGAGAUCAUUGUCAAACUGACCAAGGAGAAGAAAGCUCUGCAAGAGGCCCACCAGCAGGCCCUGGAUGACCUGCAGGCUGAGGAAGACAAGGUCAACACUCUGACCAAGGCUAAGGUCAAGCUGGAGCAGCAGGUGGAUGACCUGGAGGGAUCCCUGGAGCAGGAGAAGAAGGUGCGCAUGGACCUGGAGCGAGCCAAGCGGAAGCUGGAGGGUGACCUGAAGCUGACUCAGGAGAGCAUCAUGGACCUGGAGAAUGACAAACAGCAGCUAGAUGAGCGACUUAAAAAGAAGGACUUUGAGUUAAAUGCACUCAAUGCCAGAAUUGAGGACGAGCAGGCCUUGGGCAGCCAGCUGCAGAAGAAGCUCAAAGAGCUUCAGGCACGCAUCGAAGAGCUGGAGGAGGAACUGGAGGCCGAGCGCACAGCCAGGGCCAAGGUGGAGAAGCUGCGCUCAGACCUGACCCGCGAGCUGGAGGAGAUCAGUGAGCGGCUGGAGGAGGCCGGUGGGGCCACGUCUGUGCAGAUAGAGAUGAACAAGAAGCGUGAGGCCGAGUUCCAGAAGAUGCGGAGGGACCUGGAGGAGGCCACCCUGCAGCACGAGGCCACAGCUGCGGCCCUGCGCAAGAAGCACGCGGACAGCGUGGCCGAGCUGGGGGAGCAGAUCGACAACCUGCAGCGUGUGAAGCAGAAGCUGGAGAAGGAGAAGAGCGAGUUCAAGCUGGAGCUGGACGAUGUCACCUCCAACAUGGAGCAGAUCAUCAAGGCCAAGGCUAACCUCGAGAAGAUGUGCCGGACCUUGGAAGACCAGAUGAAUGAGCACCGGAGCAAGGCUGAGGAAACUCAGCGCUCUGUCACCGACCUCACCAGCCAGCGGGCCAAGCUGCAGACAGAGAACGGGGAGCUGUCCCGGCAGCUGGAUGAGAAGGAGGCGCUGAUUUCCCAGCUGACUCGAGGCAAACUCACCUAUACCCAGCAACUGGAGGACCUCAAGAGGCAGCUGGAGGAAGAGGUCAAGGUGAGGCCUGGGCUCUGCCUGGCCCAAGCAUAG